AUGGCCACGGCAAAUGAUGAACUACAAAAAAUAAGCUUCUCUAACUGGUUAAAAGAGAGGAAGAAAUUGCUUGGAUAUGAACUGCACCACUAUUUCUUGAUAGAGUAUCAGAGGCUAAAUAGAAUUCCCAGAGCGUUGAGGAUUAACCUGCGCCCAGCGUGGUUCUCUACGGACAAAGAGUUCUGUGCCGAAUUUGAGGGCAUCCUUAAAAAGUGCUCUCUGAAACUCAUGGCCCUUACAAUGGAACAACUCGUGAAAGAAAUAGAGAAAUGUAGGGCAGAAAUUAUACGGCAAGAGGAAGCUCUGGUGAAAAUAUUCACCGCUGACGAAUGGAAAUCCUUAAAGGAAAAAUCUGAGGACCAACUUAAUAUAUUGCGGUUGGAAAUAGGAUCGAAGAAGUUAAGGAAGUUCAUGCGGGAUGAUGAAGACUACAGGAAGGGUAAAGUGUACAAGUGGACAGAGGAUGCUGUAACUUCAGGAAACUCUUCUAAACCACUUGAUCUGAAGAGACCACGGCUCGAAACGAUAGACGAGGAAACCGCUUCAGAAGUUGAAUAUUCAGAGAAUGUGUGUGAGUCGUAUAAAGAACCAAGCGAGGUCAAACCAUCUAGACGAGGAAGGAGACUCAAAC